UCAGUUUUAUUCGACUGGACCAGAAGCAUCAGAAACACUUUAUCAAGUAUCUUUACAGGAAAUAACACUGUUUGAAGCGCUAUGUAUCCUGCAGUACCAGACUAAUGAGUCAUGGAUAACGAAAUUUGAUCUCAGUGUGACAAAUGAUGGCAGACAGUUUACUGACACAUUUACCGUCCACGUUUAUCAAUCAGAAUGUCAAGUCUUCCGCAAUCAAUCGGGAAUAAUAAGCUUUACCCUACAAAAAAAUUAUUGUUUUAUAAAAGGAUCCUGCGUCAGAGAAAAUACGAUGAAAAGCAACACAUCGUGUCUUCGCUGUGACCCUAAAACAGAUGCCUUUGAUUGGAUUUAUGCGUGUACAACUUCGACAGAGCAUACGACCGAAAGGGUAGUGGAUACUUCAAGUGACAAUGACUUUUCUAUGUCUUCCUCAAAAGGAACUAAAACCGAUAACACAGAUAUAUAUACGUCUACAAUGCCUCUGUCAACAGAUGCAAUAACCCUCACAAAAAAUUCAAAAGUAUCGGAUGCAUCAGAAACUACAACACCUAGUUCUACAUCCUCAUUCUCUACAACCUUUGAACUUACAUCAAGCGGCCAAGAAACAUCUCCUCAAAGUCCAAGUUCACCAUCAGUUACAUUAAUUUCGAAAGAUCAAACAUAUUCUGGAACUCCUUUUUCGACAACAAACCCUGCCGUUCAAAGUUCACCUUCAAAUACUAAAGAAAUUCCAAAAGAGACACAUCAAACUGAUUCUGAAAUCGAGAAAUCUUCACCCGAAUUACAUACUACUCUGGCGACAAAUCAAUUGAACCAUGAAAAAAAUAAUAAAUCCAGUAAAAAGUUAACAAAUCUUGAACUAGUUGGGGUUGGUGUUGGAUGUUUAGUUGCUUUAAUAUUAGUAUGCAUAGUAGGCGUCUUAUUGCAAAGGAAACGUACAAACAGAGAUGCUGAUAGCUCAUCUAAAUUCAAUAUGGAAGAAAUCAAUAUAUACCUAGACCGAAAACCCGUUCAAAAGGAAUCGCUGGAUCCAAAGUCAAGAUUGUUUUCGUCUCCAGACGAUAUUUACAUGAGACCACCCACUGCAACGUCCAUAAGAAAGGGACCUGAUAUGGGAGAUGUUUAUAAGUUGCAGCAUUUAGACACUUCUUUCUCCGAGAAAGGGAAUUGA